UCAAGAGUGAUGGAGAAAGCAGAGGGAGACGGACUGCAAACUUUAGCGAUAGUGCUGCUGUUGUGUGGAGCUGUGAAACUCCUGCACACGCUCGGAUUCAUCAGCACUGAGGAUAAGUUUUAUGAUGAUCUGGAGCUGUCCGUGGUGUGUCACCGUCCCGAGGGUUUGGAGCAGCUGGAGGCUCAAACCAACUUCAGCAAGAAAGAGCUGCAAGUGCUGUACAGAGGCUUCAAAAAUGAGUGUCCCAGUGGUGUGGUCAACGAGGACAUGUUCAAGCAGAUCUACUCACAGUUCUUUCCUCACGGCGAUGCCAGCACAUACGCACAUUACUUGUUCAACUCCUUCGACUCUUCCCAGAAUGGAUCCAUCAAAUUUGAGGACUUUGUAGCGGCUUUGUCCAUUUUACUUAGAGGAACAACAACAGAGAAGUUACAGUGGACCUUCAACCUGUACGAUAUUAACAGAGACGGUUACAUUAAUAAAGAGGAGAUGACUGAUAUAGUGAAAGCCAUAUAUGACAUGAUGGGCCGCUUCACGUAUCCUGCUCUGAAGACAGACACUACCAAACAGCACGUGGAUGCUUUCUUUCAGAAAAUGGACAAGAACAGAGAUGGAGUCGUCACUCUUGAUGAGUUUAUUCUCUCCUGUCAAGAGGAUGAAAACAUCAUGAGAUCAUUGCAGCUCUUUGAGAAUGUGAUCUAGAGCCACAGGAAGAAAGAAACCAAAUGAACUGUUGAAUCUGAUCAAAAAAAGGAGGAAUAACUUUUACCCCCAAUCACCAUGGUUACAGCUUGAAAUCACCUUUUUACCAUGGCAAUAUGCCGACUGUUUGAUUUACGUGCUGGGAAACCGGUGUGUCCUUGUACCCCGGUGUUUGACCUCAUUCUGUUGCAAAUGUGAUUCACUAAUAACUAACAAAAUGGAUCUAGUUAAAAAGAAUUGUGUGUCAAAGGCCCAGUGGGUUUCCCAGAGGUCCUGUAGAAGCCAGCUGAACUCUUUAGAUGGGAUUUCAUUUACUGUGAAGGAUUUGAAAAUGUAUCACUGAUAAAUGCAUCUGAUGCAUUCUAAUUCUCGUUACGUUUUUGCUGAACAACAUCCGAUACACUCGACCUGUGAUAGUUCUCCAGCUAAUGUGCAACAAAUAUUCAGCACAUCUUAUCCUAAGGCCAUUUUUAUGUGUUUGUCAUUUGGCUAGAAAUGCUAAUCCAGUUGUAUAACCAAUGGUUUUCUCACGAACCGACCAAUGAACAGUCAUUUUGCAGAAGUUGCUCGUCUGCUGUGAAGUGACAGUGUUGCGCUGUUUGUUUUUGACAGUAUUUGUCAUGUGCUUGUGCAUCUCGUCAUCCUGACCAUCACUGCUUGCCGUUCGUGUCCAUUAUUACUGAUGGUCUGCAUUCGUCACUCGUCUCAAGCUGGCUUGCGAUUGCCCUUAGCUCCGCCUACUCAAAUAUCUGCUUUCUGAUUGGUCUGUUUGUCUGUCAGUGUCACAGGGAGAAGAUCUGACAUCAGGUCACAUUUCACCCCAGUAUCCUCAACAUGUGGUUCUCUUUAAUGAAGUACGGUGAUUUUAUUUAAAUAUGCAUAAAUUAAAGGCAGCAGAUGUCUUAUUUCUUAUCAUUUUGGGCCGAAGUGACACAUUGGCUUCUGUGUGGAUGGCAGCUCUGCAUGUGAAAAUGGACUUUGAUUGACAGGUGCCGUAGCAAACUUUAGCAGUCACUAUGUUUGUCUUUGUACGUUAUACUAAUAUAAAACUAUUUUAUUUUAUUAUUGUGGAAAAGCUGUGAAUGGCCAAAAUUAGCACUGUUUUAUGCAGCCAUAAUGCCACCUUACUGUGACAUGAUUUAAGAAAGCAAAAAUAUCGUGAAAUUAAUUAAAAGACAUAAAAAUAAAAAUAAAUGUUAACUGUUUGAUUUGUCUUGACAAGGGCAACUCAGCAUGAAUGACAUUCACAAUUUCCAUUGUUUUCGUAAUCUAAUAUAUAGUGAAAAUGAAUAUUAGCGGUGGCCUAAUGGUUAGAGAGUUGGGCUUGUAACCCAGUGGUCACAGGUUCAAUUUUUAACACUGGAUGAGAGUUGAAAAAUAGAGAAUAUAUAU